CCAUACUUCUCUCUCCUCAAACACCGAGUCCCAAAUCUCAUUUACUAACACUGUGCUCUACAUCCCAUCCCUUUUCACCAAAAACGCAAAAAAUCCUUCAUUCUCUCUCUAGAAAUUCUACCUCUGCAGACUUAAAAUACACAUUUCUCCUCUGUUUUAUUCCCUGUGCCAUUUUCCUCUUUUGUACACUGAAAUUCCUUACAUCCCUGCCCUCCAAGGAACUAAGUAUUAAUCAUUAAUUACACAUCUCUCCCUCCCUCUCUCUCUCUCUCUCUCUCUAUGGGUCUGUGCACUCCAUAUUACAUCCAUUGAUAUCAUAAGGCACUCAUGAGCUAAUCACAACUCAUUUCUCUAUAUUUUCACUUUCUUCUCUCAUUUGUAACAUCAUUCUCCUCUCCAAUGACAACUGCAACAACACCAACCACCAUUCCUGACCUCUCUCUUCAAAUCAGUCCCCCAGAGAUGAUCAAUUCAGCAGCUUUGUAUGGAUCAACUAAGACCAAAAUCAAUGGAUUCAAGAGAAGUUGCAGAAGUGUGCAUGGUGGGAAGAGAAGUGGUCGCGCGCCGCGUAUGCGGUGGACCACUUCGCUCCAUGCACACUUCGUUCAUGCUGUUCAGCAUCUUGGCGGCCAUGAGAGAGCUACUCCUAAAUCUGUUUUGGAGCUGAUGAAUGUGAAGGAGCUGACUCUAGCACAUGUUAAGAGCCAUCUGCAGAUGUAUAGAACUGUGAAGAGCGCAGACAGAGGAGGGCCUGCCACCGGACAAGGCCUAGAGCAGUCAGAAAUGGGGCUUCGUAGAAGGACAAGUGUGGAGGAAAGACUGCCUUUUGAUCAAAAUGCUGCAGGAACCAAUUCUUCUUUUUCUCUCACAGCUCCAACUCCACCUACACCUCUUCCCAGGGGGGCUUAUUCUCUCUCGGAGGAAAAUGGUUGGAAUACAUCUUUGAUGAAGAGGGUGCCAUCACAUGAACUCGUUAGAAGUGAAAGCUUCUUAAACAAUGAAAAUCAGAAGGAAAGAUGGGGAAAAGAAGAUAUAAGAGCAUUAAAUGCAUCAGUGCAAUCACAGAUGAAUGGAAGCAAUGUGACUAAUGAGAGACUUUUCUCCUCCAAUACCAAUAAGUACAUGAUGAAGAAGAUGCCCAAUCUAGAAAUCACUUUAGGAAGACAAAGCUGGCAAUUGGAAUAUACUGACUCUUCAAAUGUUGAACUAACUCUUCUCAAGUGUUUGUGAGAUUGAAAAUGAUUAAUUUUUUUUUUUAAUUAGGUUGAAAGUUAAUGUAGGAAAACUUGUUUUAUUAUGCCGAAGUUGAAUUGAGGUUUGUUUGUAGUCAAGAAAUUG